AUGGCACAUAACUCAUCAGCCCUCAUUGCUCUAGCCGAUUGUCUAGAAGCAGCACAGCCUCCCUGCAUGGUAGCCGAGGCUGACGCCCAAAUCUUGCUUCUGCAGGUAGGCAUUGAUCCUCUGCAGUCAUGGGACAAAUCCAUCCUCUCCACCUGGGAUUUGGGUUGGAAGAUGGGCACACUGUCGUCACUUGCUAAGGCCAUGGAAGGCUGUUGUUACCCCAGUCAACCAAGUCUGGAAGCAGGUGAUCCUCCCUCGGGCUCAUGGUCAGGGAACCGGAGUAACAUCUGCUGUGUCAGAACGUCUAGUCAUUCACCUCACUCCAUCUCACCACGUAGGCAUUGUAUCAUCACACAUCAUCACAAGAAGGAUGGAUCUGAGAACGCUGUCUGGGCUUGGUGCCAAGCGCUGGUAUUUCAUAGCAGCGGCCGCCUCACAGACGAGCCGUGGGAAGCAGGAGGGAGACUCUCUCUUAGGGUGCCACUACUAUGGAGACACAGCUGGGCUGAACAAGAUUUGCUUCAAACGACAACAAGAGAGACAGAAAGUAUCUGGUUCAACCGCUGCCCAAGCAGGCCGGCACCAGAAGAGCUAGCAGCCAAUCCGGCCAUGCUCGAAGCCAGCUCUGCGGCUCAGCCAAUCAGUGACAUCACUGACAAUUUAGAAGUAUAUGUACACACUCCAAUCCAGAGAUCAAGGAGCCGUGAAGAUAUGUUCUGCAGCUGUCUCCCUUUGAAGUUCUUUGCUCUGACACUUCAGAUAACAAUAUAACUCCGGUUUCCAGAGAACGAACAGCCUGCUCUUCAAAGAAGAGGUGAAUAUCUUACAUUGACAGGUUAACUUCAAGAAAGGUAAUCCUAAUAAAUAGAACUUGUGGAGCCAGUGUUAGGACUAAAAAAAUGCUUUUUAUUGGCUUGUUUGUUGAGACUA